AUGAGGCAGGACGAGCAGAAGGAUUACGACUACGUCGCCAAAAUGACAACACGCAACCUAAACGGCAACUGGAUUGAUACUCUACGAAGACAAUACGUCUACGACCUGAAAGACGAGUCUCCACAUCCCAUCAAAUACCUUCUUUACAACCCCCACAAGAAGCAAGACUUGUACUUUGUCAUCCCCAACAAGAUCGAAGAGCCGCAACUAAGACGCUCACUUGUCAAGUACCAUCUAUCUACCAAGGGCACGUCAGUCGUGGAGUGGGAGAACGAGCACGUCAAAGUCAUCUACCACCCUCGAUACGCAAAAGAACUACGCGAAGCCGCUCAAUCAACCAACACAGAAGACACCCAGAACGAAUCACCAACUCCCGAACAGCAAACAUGA